GCUCCACGAAAGGUUCAGAGCUACCACUCUUUCGGACCGCAUCUACCAUCACCUCGGGUCGGGCCACACGCCCAAUACUACAUAACUCGGGUCUUUGCGUUUGGCCAACGACUCUCAUCAUCGUAAUCACCCCGCGGCGACCACCCGGACACACCACACCGAAACAAUGUCGAGAUACGUUGCGCGGACUGCCUGUCGCGCCUGCCGUAUGGCUAGGGCGGGGUAUAAGACCGGCGCUGUGGUUGCAGCGCGGUCGAGUCCUUCGACUUCGACACUCCCUUCGACGACCUUCAUUCGCUACCUCGCAUCCUCAUCACACCCCAUGGCGUCCAAAGUCUCCCCGCACGCCAGCUACGCCGGCACCAAGGCCAACACGCCACUCGUACACACGUUCUUCGACAAGCAGACAGCAACGUGGACGUACGUCGUUGUCGACCCCGCAACGCGUAGCUGCUAUGUGAUCGACCCUGUGCUCGAUUACGACGCAGCCAGCGGGCGCGUGAGCUUCACGACCGUCGAAGCGCUCAAGAGCUUUAUCGACGCUGAAGGUCUGCACGUCGACCGGAUUAUCGAGACUCAUGUCCACGCCGACCAUUUGACGGGUGCCAUGGCGCUGAAGCGGAUCCUCCCGUCCCAUCCGCCCAUCUAUGUUGGCUCGCGUGUCGACAAGCCCCAGGCUCACUUCUCCCCAAUGUAUGGCUUCUCGCAUGCGGAUCUGCAGGGCUCAUUUGAUGGCCACUUGGUCGAUAACGAGAAGCUCAAGCUCGGCGAGCUCGAAGUGACAUUCCUCCCGCUACCAGGCCACACGCCAGACAGCAUGGGCAUUCUCGUCGGCGACGCCCUGUUUGCAGGCGACAGCCUGUUCAUGCCUGACGUGGGCACGGCGCGCGUCGACUUCCCUGGCGGCUCAGCAAAAGCACUGUUCGAGUCAGUCCAGAAGGUGUUCAGCCUCGACCCCGACGUGCGCAUCUUCGCAGGGCACGACUACCCCGACGGGCGGGACGUCGCGUCCAUGUCGACGGUCGCGGAGCAGAUGGCGCGCAACAAGCACGUUGGCGCUGGCGCGACGAUGGACGAGUUCGUCAAGGUGCGCGAGGCGCGCGACGCUACGCUGGGCUCGCCAAAGCUCCUUCAUCCAAGUCUCCAGGUCAACCUUCGUGCAGGCCGACUGCCGCCGGCCGACGAGCACGGGCGGCAGGCGCUCAAGACGCCCGUCCGGCUGCCAGAGGACAACCCGCUCACUGGGGUGUAGUAUGUACCAAGUAUGUCGUUGUCAC